UGUUCUGCCGUCAACGUCUGAUGAAAGGAAACCAUAGACCUGGGUAUAAUUUAUUGAAGGGAUUAGCCAUCCCUAAAGGUACAGACAACUGAUCAAGGCUUUUGCAAUAUAGAUCAAGCGAAAAAAAAUGAAAAGAGAUGCAGAAGCAGAGGCAGCAGAUCCAAGGUUAUCAGCUUCGGGACGAAUUGGGCAUUCCCAACAAGUCAACGCCCCUACCAUCACCACAACUACUACAGAUGUAUCUGGCUCGACCUCAUAUCCUUUUAUAGGAGGAGAAACAGAACGUGGCAUUCAAAAUGAUGGUGAGUUUAAUCUUGAAGAUGAGGAGAAUCUUAAGAGCAAAGGAACAGUACCAGUUAUUAAUGGGUCUGCAGAUUCCAAGGAUUCGCAUCAGGAUCAGACCGAUCAAAAUGAUCAAAGAGACGACAAUUACAAUAUCACCAAAGGAGAUGAGUUGAAAGAGGCAGAUCAUCUUGAAACGGAAAACAAAAGGGUACCGUUCUGGCGUAAACUGAUAGCAUAUCGCCCAUGGAAAUCUAAACGUUCUAGCUCUGAUCUUGAACGCAAAGGGCAAGAAGAGCACGGGAUCUACUACGGCGGCAGCGAAGCCGAUGCCUGCGGCUACCUCGGCUAUCAGGGCAGUUCUUGGGAACCUAACCCAGGCUCUCCGAUGGGCCAAAAGAGGUGGAGCUUUGCAGGAGAAGGAAGCAGUUUAGGGUGGCCUCAAAAAUCUGUGUCAAGGAUAGGGGCAAGGCUGCAGGCAUCUGUUGGUGUGCGCAUAGGGGGCCGAGACCCAGCGAAGAAAGAUUUGGCAAGUGGGGUAGACACUUAUUUGGUUCAAGUGGUGUCUAAAUUAGUGGAGAGGAAGUCAGUAGUGGGAAUUCCAGUCAUUAAGGAGUUUUCAGAUGUUUUUGAAGAUGACCAUCCUGGGUUGCCUGCCGUUCAAGAUGUUGAGUUCACGAUUGACUUAUAA